GCAGCAGUGAGGAGGGAGGCAGGGAGGAUCUCAGCUGGAGCAGAGAGAGAGAGAAAGGCGUACAGAGAGAGGAGUGUGUUGUAAGCGUGGAUGCACUCGCCUGCUACGCUCAGUGACUGACUAUUUGUGUGUGACAGAAAGAGCGUGGAUACUACUCUACAGAACUGAAUGUGUUUUGGGUCACAGACUGAGACGAAACGUGCAUAAAAAGAGAGUGGGGCGGACGUAAACUGCUGACUGAACUGCAGGCAGACAGCAGGGCCAAGUGCGGAGGAGUAAGCAGACAAGGCUGAGUACAAGAGACGUGACUGACAGCGCCAAUGGCGAGCAAUAACACAGCCAACAUUGCUCAAGCCAGGAAGCUGGUGGAGCAGCUGAAGAUGGAGGCCAACAUCGACAGGAUAAAGGUCUCAAAAGCAGCGGCAGACUUGAUGUCGUACUGCGAAGCCCAUGCCAAAGAGGACCCACUGCUAUCGCCUGUGCCAGCGUCAGAGAACCCGUUCAGGGAGAAGAAGUUCUUCUGUGCCAUCCUGUAAACACAACAACAUGGCCCUUCAGCAGUCUGCUCAGUGUGGGACUUUGAACAUGGAUGUUCAAAAAUACGUAGAAAUCUUCUAGUAGGAGGGCGCAGCGAUUAUUGCCCGCCUUUGUUGAACGGCACCUAAAACCCACAGAGUUUACAGUAACCAUUCAAGGGGUUUUGAUUGCUUUAUUGAGGGGUGUUGCAGCAUGUUGAAAGAGGUCUGUGCUUUUAGAUGACACAAAAGGGAUGAUGAUAAUGAUGAUGACUAAUGGACAGCCUACCAAGUCUUUAGGUUGUGAUGUGUAAAAAAGAAAAAAUAGAUAAAAUGAGAAUAAAAAUAUUUUGUGGUUCUUCUGGGACUUCCAAAUGUUUUGUUAAUAAAUGGCUUGUGGCUGAUUCAAGCAUUAAGGGACAGCAACAACAAUAUGCCUACCGCUAGACGCCACCUAAUUAUUGGAAUGUUUUUUUAAGUUGUUUAUUUUAUGUUUAUUUCAACUUUACCUUCAUCUAGAUAACUUUCUAUAACUGUACGUGAUUACUGAACGAGCUCUGUAUUCUUUUUCUUACUCAGACAGGUUAGUGAACGCUUUUUUAAUGGGAUGUUCGAAACAGUCGACUCUGUGACUCUCUUUACAAAUACCUGUGUGGAAAUCAGUCUCCAUGUAUCGACAUCUAUCUGGCAAAUGUGAUUCAGUUUGUCUCCUUCAGAUACAAACCCUCUUUCUACUAUUUGUACAAAAUGACUAGCAAGUAAACUGUGCUGUGCUGUGAGUUCUGAAUGUUUGUGUUUGUAUCAUUCAUUUUUGCAUGAAAUGGACAACUGGUCUUUUUUUCUUUUUCCUUUCAUGUGGACAAUGUUUGAAACAAGGGCGGCCUCCAAGCUGGCAGUGCCAAAACAUAUUAAAAUGACAAUGAUUCAACAAGGACACCUUUCAGAUAUAAAUGACUCUCUCUCUCAAGGAAAAAACUAAACUUCCCACUAUUAUCAACAAGACAGACAGCUACAGAAGACAUUACAUUUUUUUUUUUUACAAAUUUUGUCUAUAAGAUAUUAAUAACUAGGGAUGCAUGAUAUUGGAUUUGCCAGUAUCUCAGAUGCUGAUAUUUCAAUAUAUAUUAAAGCCAAUUCUGCCCUGUAAAAAUAUAACAGUUUGGAUAAGACAAGCAUAAAAAUAAUGUUACAUUUAAUAAAGUGCUGACCACAGA